AUGGGAAACUCAAUGUCAUGGUUCUCCAACCUACUGUUUGCGAAAAAGGAGAUCAGAAUAUUGAUCCUCGGCCUGGCGCUCAAGGUCGGCGAAGUUGUCACAACGAUACCUACAAUUGGCUUCAAUGUCGAAUCUGUCACAUACAAGAACCUAAACUUUAACGUCUGGGAUCUCGGCGGCCAAACAAGCAUCCGACCUUACUGGCGGUGCUACUACGCCAACACAGCAGCUGUCAUCUUCGUUGUGGACUCGACCGAUAUCGAGCGAUUACACACCGCUUCAGAGGAGCUAUCGGCUAUGCUGAACGAGGAAGAACUGAAGGAUGCGGCCCUGCUAGUCUUUGCCAACAAACAGGAUCAGCCAGGAGCCAAGGGCGCAGGUGAGAUUUCUGAGGCACUGCGUCUGGGCGAGCUCCGCGACCGCAACUGGAGUAUCAUGGCCUGCUCAGCGGUCGAUGGCAGCGGUGUGAAUGAGGGCAUGGACUGGCUUGUGCAAACUGUCAACCAGGACUAA